AUGUCAGCAACCUACACCAACCCUAUCAUUCCUGGCUUCACGCCUGACCCAUCUAUGGUCUUUGUCGACAACACUUUUUUCCUUGUCAACUCUUCCUUCCAUAUAUUCCCUGGACUACCCAUCUAUGCCUCAAAGAAUCUAAAAUCAACGAGUCAGAUAGACCUCUCCAACGCGACUACAGACGUGUUUUCAAUCGGUCGUAACAAAAAUCUUGUCUCUGCGUUGGGACACUCUUUGCACCGACGAUCUGGUGGCACAAUGGAGUGUUCUACAUUAUCUGGCGGGGAAUUUCGCACCGAGAACUUCAUCAUUACAACAAGAGACAUCUGGGCCAAUGAAUGGAGUGACCCCAUCUUCUUCGAACUCGACGGAAUCGACCCAAGCCUGUUCGUCGAUGAUAUCACUGGCAAGGUGUACGUUCAGAGAUCCUACAGAGAUGGGGCUAUAGGUGCUCAACAGUGUUCAAUCCGACAGUUUGAGAUUGAUAUCACUUCAGGAAAAAAGCUCUCUGACGUCAGACCUCUUUGGGGAUAUGAGCUGGCUGCAACAAGUGAAGGCAUUAGCGAUAUUGAAGGUCCCCAUCUUUACAAAAAGGAUGGGUAUUACUAUCUGUUAGCUGCGUAUGGUGGCAUAUUUGAAACCCACAAAGCUGUGAUCGCUCGGUCUAGAGACAUCUGGGGUCCUUUUGAAGUCUACAAAAACAACCCUGUGCUCACCGCUGCUGGAACGGAUGAGUAUGUUCAGAAUGUUGGUCAUGCCGAUCUCUUUCAGGAUGGAACUGGAGCAUGGUGGGCUGUUGCCCUGGGAGUAUCACCGAUUGGACGAGAAACGUUUUUGGUUCCCGUGGCAUGGCCUGUUGGGGAGUGGCCUGUGUUCGGUCGAGCGAAAAUGCAAUUUGAAAGAGCCGGUAUCUUUCCUCAACCUGGAAAGGAGGAACUAUCGACACCCACAGAUCGGAUUGACGAUGUCUAUAUUUGCAACGCCAAUUUGGAAAAUUAUGAAUUUGCUGAGGAAGAGAACUCCAUCAGACUUACACCAAGUGCGAGAGGACUAUCGGAAACACACGGCACCACGACAUUCAUUGGAAAGAGACAAAGAUUUACCGAUUUUAUUGCUUUGACGACUCUCUGCCUUCCAACUGAACCGCACCUGAAGACCGGGCUCUCCCUAUUCAAGGAGAAUGUUCGACAUGUUGAUAUCUGCUACAACACAGAUACACAGAGGGUAACACUGGAGACUUGCCUGAAACUGAAGGGGGAACCCAAGGUGAUCGCAGAGGUUGCAGUCACGGCUCAGAAAGUACAAAUGAAGAUAUCCUCAUCCUCAGAGUCAUACAAAUUCUUCAUUAGGACUGAAAUAGCCGAGGAAUGGGUGUUGCUUGGAACAAUUGACGCAUUGGACAUGACGGCAUGUGAUUUUACUGGGACUUUUCUUGGAAUCUUCGCCGUUAUUACAAGCCUCCACCAUGACGAGAGUAUUGUGAGAUUCGAAAACUUUGUUGUAUCAUGA